CUCCCUCCUCCUCCUCCUCCUCCUCCUCCUCCUCCUCCUCCUCCUCCUCCUCUCCCCGCCAGGAGGGAGCGCGGCUCGGAGCGGCGCCCACAGCCGGCCCGGCCGGGCCGCGCCGCCGCCACGGGAGUCACCGGCGUUCGGCCGCAGCCCCCCGCUGCGCUCAGCCCUUUUUGGGGGAAAAUGCACUGAAACGGGAGCUUCGCCAGACCAUGGCUGACGGCGACCUCUGCCUGGACUCUGAUGGACUCCGACGCAGGACUGCACUACCAUGGUGAUGAUCUUAACCAAAACCCGGGAAAACAAAGGUGCUGACUCCGUAACAUGCAGGACUGAGCUGCACACUCCAAAGAUGAGUCAAGGACCUACGCUCUUCUCUUGUGGCGUUAUGGAAAAUGACAGAUGGGGAGACCUCAGCAGGAAGUGUCCACUGCAGAUCGAGCAGCCGGGCGCCAGCAUCUGGGACUGCCUGGCGGACAAGGGCGAGGAGGGCUCGCUGUGGCCGCGGGAGGCCACCAGCACCUGCUCGGUGACCAACCUCAUCAAAGACCUCAGCCUCAGCGACCCCCACGGCAACCCCUCGGCGCCCCCCAGCAAGCGCCAGUGCCGCUCGCUCUCCUUCUCGGAUGAAAUGUCCAGCUGCAGGACAUCAUGGAGACCCUUGGGCUCCAAGGUCUGGACGCCGGUGGAGAAGAGGCGGUGUUACAGCGGGGGCAGCGUGCAGCGCUACUCCAACGGCUCCGCCACCAUGCAGAGGAGCUCCAGCUUCAGUCUCCCGUCCCGCUCCCACCCGCUGGCCUCCUCCUGCGACCACCCCGCGCUGGCCAGCCGCCUGGGCUGCCAGGCGAGGAAAACGGGGCCCAGCGGGCCGGGAGGCGACACGUGGAGCCCCGAGGGCGGUCGGGCGGACAUGCAGAGGUCCCUGUCCUGUUCUCACGACCGCUUCUCCUCCUCGGAGCCCGGCCCGCCCUCGGCGAGCAGCACGCCCGCCUCCACGCCGCAGCUGGGCCGCCGCGCCGGAGGGCUGUGCCGCAGCCGCUCGCAGCCCUGCGUCCUCAACGACAAGAAGGUGGGCGUCAAGCGGCGCAGGCCCCAGGAGGCGCAGGAGCAGCGGCCGUCGCUCGACCUGGCCAAGAUGACCCAGAACCGCCAGACUUUCAACAGCCUCAGCUGCCUUAGCGCCGCGGCGGAGGACGGCGCCCAGCGGCUCCCCGACGCCCGGCCGUGGCCCGCGGCCGGCGGCUCCGCGGAGGUGAUGCCGGGCAGGACCCCCGCUUGCACCCCGGUGCCGGAGCCGCGCUCGCGGGGCGAGGAGCGCCGGGCGAGCCGGGACGACCUCUCCUGCGAGGAGUCCGACUGCGGCGCGGCCGAGGACGAGGGCGGAGGGAAGGAGGAGGACGCGGCGCCCUGGCGAGGCGGCGGGGCGGGCGCCGAGAGCCCCUUCCAGCUGGAUGGAGAACUCGACAUCGAGCAGAUCGAGAACAACUGAGGGCACGGGGCCGGCAAUUUGGGGUCUGGGGUCGCCAGCACGGCGCCGUGACGGUCUCCCUGGGGUCUCCUUGGGGUCUCCCAGGGGUCUCCCUGGCGGUGGCCUCCUCCCGCCAGCCGUAGGGGACGAAGCAGCUUUGCCAAAAUUUCGUCAGGUAUUUAGAGCAAUUUUGUGUGUGUGUGUGUGCGCGCGCGUGUGCGUGUGUAAAUCUUGAAAUUCUUUGUAACUACUGUAGCCAGAUACCAGCUAGUUUGGGCUAACUGCCUGUCAGGCUUUGGAGAUGAGGUACGGAGAUCUCCAGAAAACUCACAGCUCUCUCUUUUGGCCUCCGCUGGUGAGAAAACAACUCGUGCAAGCGUAGGGUUGCGGCUGAGGGAUCCGGCCGCAGCCUCCCAGUUCACCCCUGCGCUUCUUUGUAAAGCAAAAGGAAAAAAACCACCACGGGGGCGGACUGGAAACCUGGGGGAAGGACGAGGGCAUCAGCUGAGCUUUGCCAAGCAGGCGGUGGCCGGGGCUGUGCCGGUGGCUGCGGGGUGGCCGGCGCUCCCCAGCCUCUGCUCCCGGGCUGCCACCGAGCCGGGCACUGGCCCAGGCCCUGGCAGGAGCUGGGGAAGGUGCCGGGUGCCGAAGCGAAGCCGUCCCCAUCCCGCACGGCCCCGUCCCUCCCUGCCAACCCUCCCGUCCCUGGCAGUGCCAUCGGCUGGAAACCGCAAGUACUUUGCUGAAAUUUGAUAGUGGUAAGAGCUGGAUUUUUUUAUUUUUUAUUUUUAUUUUUUAAUUUUCCUGACGAGGAGCUCACGGGCUGCCUCGCCCCCACCGCCCCAGCAGCGCUCAGAUGCCUUCCUGCCGUGCUUUUUUCUUCCCAGCCCCUCUCUCACCCAUCGGGACAGGGCCCCGCUGGGUCCCCCCGGGGGUAACGCACCCACCCAGCGGCGGCUCUGCCCUCGGCGCUCACGGCCGCCGCGCUCUGCUCCGACUGUGGCGUGGGUCCGUGUCCAGUGCCGUGGGAUUACUUGACGAAAGUAAGCUGUCAAAAUGCUGAAAAUUCAGGUAGCAGCACUGAAAGCUUUUCCUCUCCCUGUGCCUUUUGGAAGCACAGAUAAAGUGGCGACCGUCACGUGUACGACAGACACUCCUCGGGAAAGUAAGCUGUCCGCUUGCUAACAGGUUUAGAAGGACACCUGCUUUUUUUUUUCUCUCCCCACCUCCUUUUAUUUUUUUUUUAUUUAAAUCUACAGGAAAGCUGUAGAAGCGGCUUCCAGCAUCGUCUGCAGGUUCCUCGGGGCUCACGGGUUAUUCCCCGAGCUCUGCGAAAGCGAGAAAGGAAAACCAAUUCCUAGACCCCAACACCGAUUCGGGCAGGUGCCAUUUUUGGAGGGGCUCAGCACCCCCGUCGGAAAACCCUUAGGAGCCUGUCAGUCAGAAGAGGCUGAAAGCCUCCGGUGCAGGUUUUAUUAAUCGUUGCUGGUUUUGUUACUGCACUUUUUUCGACGGUGGCUUGGGGUGCGUGGGCAUCGCCCCUCGCGGUGGGAGCCGUCAGCUCCUUCGCUUUACGCCUCCCGCCCGACGGCACGGCAGAGCUUCGCAGACCCCGGCAGGCAGGGCGAGCCCGCACACACGUGGGGUCUUUUCAUUUCGGGGAAUCCUCCAGCUCCUUAAAGUGUCUCUGUCAAGACAUCCUGGUUCAGUUUUCAGCCCGCCCGUUGUGGAAGGGCCGGCGGCACGCGGUGGCUACCAGCCCGCGUCCCCGGGAGCGCUGUAAGCGGCUCUGAGUCUUCCUGCUGUCCCCACCCCGCCACAACUGACACGGUCCUGGCUUCAGGGUGGCCACGGGCACACCCUCAGCCGGGUCCCCACCGACCAAACCCGACGAUGCCCCCAGAGCCGCGGCUGCCCGUCGUGUCCAGCACCGCGCCGCGGCGAUCCGGCGGUGCCCCUGGCUCCCGCGGGACCCGGGGCGCGCUCUUGCCUAUGCAUAACGGGGACUGUAACUCACAAGGGCUUCUGUCUCCUCUCCAAGGGCUGCUCCCCGUGCCGUGCUCCCCCCCAGGCGGUAGGAGGGUGACCAAACGGACCCCUACCCAGCCGUGCUCGACGCAGACGUAGCACACAGUUUACACGCAGCACAACCCGUUUGCCUUACUAAAGACGCUUCUCCAGUGAGUCGUGGCCUUACCCUGGGCACGCGAGCUUAGGCGCAGACUGCAGUUAGCUACGGUUUGUAGGCCACAGCGGGGCUCCGCUGGGUGUUCCCUUGUCGGUUCCGUAUGAUUUCAUGUACUUGGUUUCAGUUUAAGAAAGCCUUACUUUUAAAAAAGGUUUUUUUUUUUUUUUUUUCCUCUCUCUCUCUCUCUGUAGAGGUAAAAAAAAAAAAAAAAAUUGUGGAUUUAUAUAUAUAUAAAUAUAUAUAUAAAUAAAAUAAUGAAAAAUAUUAAAUAUAAUAUAGUAUGUGCCUCAGAUUCAGGGGACAUCCUGUUGAUUGUAAAGCUAGCAGCGGCGUUGCUCCUCGGCACGCGGUGGAAGCCGGGCGAGAGCCGCCCCGUGCACCGCCGCGACACCAGCUGAAAAGCAGGGCGCCCCCCCCGGGGGGGGCUGCUUCGGGUUUUUAAAGGACUUCACCUCUCACACAGAUGCUUUGGUAACCCCCGCGGCAGAUCCCUGCCGCCUGCCAGAAUGUGAUUUUAAAAUAAUAUGCAGACACCUGACCUUAGUCUUUGCUAGGUAGCUCACAGGCUUGGUAUCGGGAAGGUAUCUGGGGACUUGCUAAAGGCACGGCCCAACCCGCACAGCAGCCAUUCCAGGACAAUAACAAGCUUUAGCAGCAGCAAUAAGUGCGAUUCCUCAGUGCGAUUCCUGAAAAAAAAAAAAAAAAAACCACACAGGAUUUUAACGGGAAAAUUCCUAGCACCGGUAACACACGCGGGGAGCUUGCUGUGUGUGUGCAGCUCUUUGAGCCUGUUCUAUGAAAGAUUACAUCUUAAAAAAAAAAAAAAAAAAAGACAAAAAGAAGCGUUUGUAACAUAGAUUGUAAUUUUUCAUGUUAUAGCAUAGCCUAUUUGGCCAAUAAAGUCGUGUUUCAAGUG